GCGCCCUCUUUUGGAAGAAAUCAAUGUUGGUAAAAUGUACGGAAGUGGACUUACAGUUAAUAGUAAAAACACUGUAACUUUGUAAAAAAAAAAAAAAUUGGCAUUAAUUUUGUUCUUCAACGGUUUUCUUCGACUUUCAAAAGGUUUAGUGAGACAAAGACUUCCUCUGCUCUGUAACCAUGGAGUCCAAUGAUCUGAACUUCCCACCGACUGAAGAACCAUUUGUAAAGAAGCUGAGCCGCAUCGCCACUCAGUUGAUUGUACCAGUCUUGUUGCCAGCAUCAAGUGUGUUUGUGGGUUGGCUGGCCCAGCGGCGCAUCAGCGUCCAGCUGAGCGAACUCCGUAAGGAGAAGCAGCAAGUUGACGACCUGAAGGAGAACAUGGAAUCCCUGCAAGCAGAGAUGGAAGUCCUGAUGAAGAAACGGGACGUCUACGAAGGCAACUUGGGCAUUACGACCAUCAAACGGCGUCAACUUCUGGAAGAGGCCAUCCUGAAAGAGGAAGAAGAAUCGACAGAGAAGAUCCUGAAAGAUCUUGAGGAACUCCGCCCGUUACUGAAACAGCGGCAAGACAUCUACUGCAGCAGCUUGCGAUCCCGGAGGAACCGCUGGAAGAUCGAAGAGAAACUCAAGCGCAUGACUUACGCCAAGCCGUACGACAAAGAGCUGGGCUUAAACAAGGGUAUGCAGGACAUUUUUCAGAACGACAAGACCUGUGGUCCAGAGACCAACGGCUGCCUGAUGUGGGUGUACCUUGAUUUCUGGAAGACCCAGGCCCAGCUUCUUAAAUACAAGGAAGUGGCUUCUAGAAUGAAAUCAAUCGAUGAAACAUUCACCCAUUGAGUAACUGCACCUCAUUUGAACAUUGUGUGAUGGAGUUUCCAUCGUGAAUAUGUGAUAUGUCGCCUUUUUACCUGCGUUUCCGGUUAUCCCAUCCAACCUAGAAAAACAUGCAGAACCAGAUUCUGUUUAUAUAAAAAAUAAAUAAAAAAUUAAUUCCCCCCGACAUCAAUGGUCAGGUCCCCAGGUACCAGAUUCCAAUCCCCCCCCCCUUUAUUUUUAAUGGCUGACCAAGUUAGAAACCUUGGCCACAUUUUAGCACAGAGUCCCCCCCCCCCUGCAAAAUCUUGCAUAUGCCACUGUUUGUAUUCAUCAUGUUUAAAAGGAUUUCAAACUUUAAAAUUGUGAACUGUGCCGUAGUCUUUCUAGUGAUUUUUGAAAUAAUAAUUCUGAAAUCAAAUAUGUGUAGGUCUAAUUUUUUGUAGAUCUGACCUUUUACACUCUAUAAGAAAUAGUUGGGGAAAAAAGUGGGCAAAAACAUCACCAGAAAAUGGGAUUCUCAAAGAAAUUGAACAUAUUUCAUAAAAAUAAUCAUAUUUAUUCAACAUGCUAACAGUGAAAUUCCAGUUACCACAUCGAUCUACAUGCAUUUCAAACUUUUUUCUUGUCUUUAUCAAUGUACAAUUGCAUGAUGUAACUACAUAUACAUGAACAUAAAUCUACCCUCGCUAGCAAGGAGUAAAGAUUACAGUUAAUUAACUGAUAACUGUCAAAAUUCUGCCAAGUAAUGCAUGAAGUACAUAUGCACAAAGAUAAUGUACAAUAGUGAGCAUUUUUUUAAACUGUUGAAAGAAGACUUUAACAAAGUUACUUGGAGCAAAAGAACUGAAUGAAUGAACAUUUUCUCAAUUAGAAAUAUUUACAUUGCUAUACAUAUGCAGUGGGCUGAAUAGUUCAGUUUUGCCAGAAAGACACUGUCAAGACAUAGUGUUCACACCGUUUAGUUUAGGAACUGCAGAUCACAUCCUAUACAGGGUGUAAGCGUAACUGUCAAUUACAGAUGUGGUGCGUAGUUCUGAUUAAAAUGCUUCUACAGCAUGGCAUUUAUGUCUAAAAUAAACACAAAAGAAAUUUAAAAAACAAAGGCUUUUCCGCAGUUUGCGGAAAAGCCAAAAACACAAAUUUCGUUACCAACCAAACAGCUUCACAGCCAAGAUGUUUGCAAUGUGCAUAAAAUUCGGCCCGUCAUUGCAACCAAAAUCAAUUUAAAAAUUAAAUAAAGACAGCCAUCCAAUAAUGAAAACUGUUCGUUAGUCCAAUGCUUAACCCUUUAAGUUAGUUUCCCCAAAGCUGCACAAACUAAACAUCCUGAAUAAAAUACAAUUUGCUAAUAAACCGUUAACUUACUACGUUGAAGUCAGAUGGGCAAGUUUCUGCCCCAAACUACACAACUUUUUCUCUCUCGGAAUUAAGAACAUCAGAAACAGAGUACGAUCUGAAACCUGUAUAAGGUUUUCUUGAUUAUGUGCACAGGUAGAUAGCAUGUAAAACUGCAAUGAAUUUGAACUUGCGAAUACAUCACUUGAUAUAACACCU